AUGCUUCUCCCAGCCUCAUUUUCGCGACAUAUCUCUUCUCUUCGAUCUCUGAAUCGGAAGUGGCAGAGACUCGUAGCGAGAAAAAGCGAAAAUAAUGACGGGCUGUCGAGUCGCAUGCUAGAUGUGUUUCUAAGAACCUGGGACUUAGGCUUCACCAGCUUUGGUGGGCCUCCCGUUCAUUUUCGUAUUCUGCAUGAGAGAUUUGUGCAGGGAAAGGGAGGCAAAGAAAAAUGGGUAGAUGAGCAGACUUACCAGGAGCUCUUUGCUAUAUGCCAGGGUCUUCCUGGCCCGGGAAGCACAAAGAUGAUCUUCUGCCUUACCUUGUUACAUGCUGGGUUUAUUCCAGCACUGUUGGUCUUCUUCGUUUGGAGUCUACCGGGAGCGAUUGGCAUGUAUGCUCUCUCCCUUGGUGUCCAGAAAAUUGGCGACACCCUUCCUUUACCAGUGUAUGCGCUUCUCUCUGGUUUAAACUCCUCAACUGUUGGGAUCAUUGCACUUGCAGCUGUGCAGUUAGCCGAGAAGGCGAUCCGCGAUAAGCUCACUCGCAUCUUGGUGAUAUUCGGGGCAUGUGCUGGCUUAUGUUAUAAUUCUCUGUGGUAUUUCCCACUUUUAAUGGUUGUUGGAGGCCUGGCAAGCAUUAUCUGGGAUGGAUGGAUGAGCCAGCGAAUCCGGAAGAUCAAGCUUGCAUGGAAGAGAAGACACACGGUCCAUCCUACCACUGAAACGGAAUUAGCAACUAUGGAGAGUGUUCCGAUGGAAGAGGGUGGACGAAUUCCCGGCUCUAGUAAUCAAACCGGCGAUACGACUGAAUCGCAAAGCAAUCCAGUCCGAUCGCGAAACGUUGGUCCUCGGGGCGAAUCGGUACCAUUAAGCUCGGCAGACAUUCCUCCUGAUCAGGAUGCAGAAGGGCAUCCUUCGCCGACCCAUAGUAUCCGUAUCCGAGUGGGAAUCCUCAUUACAGUGUGUUUCUUUGCAUCUUUCAUUGGCCUUCUUGUUGGUAGAAGCGUCUCCCAGGGACCACCAUUGGCGCUUGACCUUUUCACCAACAUGUAUCUGGCUGGGACUAUCAUCUUCGGCGGCGGGCCAGUUGUUAUUCCCCUCCUUAGGUCCUAUGUUGUUGGACCUGGCUGGGUUUCUGGUCGAGACUUUCUUCUCGGACUAGCAAUCAUCCAAGCAUUCCCAGGCCCCAACUUUAACUUUGCUGUUUAUCUCGGGGCUUUAGCAUUACAAAAGUCACCGUCCCCAACCAUCUUUGGUGCCUUUCUGGGAGGACUCGGAAUCUUCUUUCCUGGGAUUGCAUUGGCUGUUGCUGUCCAGAGUUUUUGGGGGACUCUCCGGAAGCGAAAAUGGGUUGUCGAUUUUCUGAGGGGUGUGAAUGCAGCGGCGGUCGGCUUAGUAUUCACUGCUGUUUACAGGCUCUGGGAGAUUGGGUAUCUUACUCCUGGGACUACUGAUGGGCAGAGUCUAGCAAAGGAGCCAUGGUGGGUUGUAGUUGCUGCUGUCACUUACGCAGAAAGUGCAUGGUUUAACGUUCCCUCUGCUGCUGCGAUUAUUAUUGGGGCUAUACUGGGGCUUUGCUGGUAUGGGGUGGUGGGUUAUUAG